AAUAAUUAUGCAAUUAUAAAUAUCAUAAGAAGAGUAUCAAACUUACUUAAAAGGUGUAGGACUUCCAAAAGACAUAAAGCUAUCGGUUUCAGUUGAAGCAUUAUAUCUUUUAACAAAUAGAUAGAUGAUAUACAAUUUUUAUUAAAAUUGUGAAUUGCAUUUAAAAGAAUUGAAAACAAUUUCUAUGGAAUUUGCUGACAUUUUAUAAAGAUUGUGUGUAUAAAAAUUAGGUGGAUUGUGUUAUGAACAUGAACUCUUACUUUAUUAUAUUUUAAAACAUUUAGGAUUUAAUGUGGAAUUGAUAAGAUGUUAAGUUCGAGAGCCUAAUAGCCCUUACAAUCCAGAUCUUCCAAGUACACAUGCAUUUUUGUGUGUAAGAAUUAAAGAUGAAACAUAUUUGGUUGAUCCAGGAUUUGGAACAAGAUCAUAUAGAUUCCCUAUCAAAGUUAACUUCUAAAAUUUAACAGAAACUCAUGAGUUAUUUGCAUAAGAAUAUUAUAGAAUCCAAGAAAAUGAAACACAUUAUUAAUUUUAACAUUAUAUAGAUGAAAAUUGGACCACAUAUUAUGAUUUUGAUAAACCAUUAAAAUUUGCCUCUGUAGAAGAUAUUUAUAAAGAUUAUUUAAAUUUAUUUACUUGCAAAUAAUUUUUAGGAGUUAGAGAUAGCAGAUUUGUGAUAUGUAAAAAUACUGAAUUUGGAAGGAUUUAAUAUUUAUGGUUCAGAUUAGAAUAAUAAUUUACUGCUUUUAAGAAAAUUUUGAAAUUUAAUGAAGUUAUUAAGAUUGAAUUUAAAUCAUAUGAUGAACUUAAAGAGGAUGUUCGAAAGGAAGUAGGAUUUUAACUGCCUGAUUAUAAAUUGCUUCGUUGA